GAAUUUCCUACGUUUGCGUCGGGCCAUGAAUGCACCGCCAAGUUACACAAACUGCGCUUCGAGUGAGUAACGCAGACGUUACAGACGUUACCUGCGAGGGGAAACUGUAAAUAUGACUUCUUUAAAACAAAAAUAGUUCACGUUUAUAGUGGUGAUAAUGAAAAUCCUCCACGGUCAAACACCACCCCGUGACCUUUACCCCCUUGACAGCGUUGGUUCGCAGCAGCAAUGGACGGAAGACAUGACCCGCCCUGUGGCAGAGCAGGCCGCCUGACCUCAACACAGCAGCCCCGCUUCACGAGCGCGACACCGGGGGGAGGCGAACCCCAGCUACACGCCCCCCGCCAGGUGUGAUGGCAGUUGGAGGGUUGAUGACUGCAGACACGUGGCUCUAGGGGUGCAGCGCUGCGCUAUCCGGCACCAUGCUGCAGAAAGGGAAGAUCCAGAUUAUCGAAUGGGAGGACCUGGACAAGAGGAAGUUUUACUCCCUGGGUGUGUUCAUGACCCUGACCACCCGGGCCACGGUCUACCCGGCCAGCCUCAUACGAACCCGUCUCCAGGUGCAGAAGGGGAAGGCCCUCUACUCCGGCACCUUUGACGCUUUCUGCAAGAUCCUGCGGGCAGAGGGCGUGCAUGGCCUCUACCGCGGGUUCAUGGUUAACACGUUCACCCUAAUCUCAGGACAGGCCUAUAUCACCACCUAUGAGCUGGUGCGCAAAUACGUGUCCCAGCACACGCCCAGCAACACAGUGAAGUCGGUGGUGGCGGGUGGGGCGGCGUCCCUAGUGGCCCAGACCAUCACUGUGCCCAUAGACGUGGUGUCUCAGCAACUGAUGAUGCAAGGACAGGGGGAGCACCUGACCCGCUUCAAGGCCAAACCCAAAGUGAUGCUCGCCACAACCAAGCGCAGACUGACCUUCGGGCAGUCGCGUGACAUUACGGUGCAAAUAUUUGCAGCCGACGGAUUCAGGGGAUUUUACAGAGGCUAUGUGGCAUCGCUGCUCACGUACAUCCCCAACAGCGCACUGUGGUGGCCUUUUUAUCACUUUUAUGCAGAGCAGCUGUCCUUGUUGGCACCGAGUGAGUGUCCCCACCUGAUUCUGCAGGCUAUGGCAGGACCAAUGGCUGCGGCCACCGCCUCCACCAUCACCAACCCCAUGGAUGUUGUUCGAGCAAGAGUUCAGGUGGAGGGACGAUCAUCUGUCAUCGAGACGUUCAAGCAGCUGCUGGCAGAGGAGGGCGUCUGGGCGAUGACCAAGGGGCUGUCGGCCCGCAUCAUCUCCUCCCUGCCCACGUCGGUGCUCAUCGUGGUGGGGUACGAGACUCUGAAGAGACUGAGCCUGCGAUCUGAGCUGGUUGAGUCCAGACACUGGUGAAAGGCCACACGGGGACGGAAUAGACCUGCAGCAGGCGCCACCUUAGGGGAUAAUGACCCAGAACUGUCUCCAUUUGUGGGGUAAAUGGUCCACUGCGGGCAGCUGCUACGAGCCUUUCAGACUUUAAAUGAAUUUAUGAUUAUUAUAAUGAGUGUGAGUGGCGAUGUUUUGUCUUCAGGUGCACUCAUGUUAUCGCUGUUCUGUUUUCCAUUUGUCUAACCUUUUUUCUUCUUCCUUUUUGCCAAAAUAUUAUGAAAUGGGUUAAAACUAAAUGUGCCAUUUAAAAGAAAAAAAAGGAGAGUAGAAAACUCAAUUCAAUGCUCCUCGUAUGCAUAUUUCUUAACAACACAGAACCACUGUGGGGGGGGGGGGGGGUUUGUAAAUAAAUUUAGUUAUGAUCUCUUCAUAUGUGCCAAGAGAUUAAGAAAUUCUAUUUUACUGUGCACUCACGCAGCCUAAGCACAUGAACACAUCAGCAUACUCUCCAGGUGAAUUUGAUUUUUAAAGUCGAGCAUCAUGGCAGUUAAUUACAGGAUAUGAUUAAGGAGCAUGUUUAGUGAGGCCAGUCUGAGUUUUCAAUGUGCCAAAAUACACAAAUAGAGACACAAAAGCCUAAUUUCUGCCCCAUUGAGCACAAGAAAGCAGAGAAUGGCCAGAUAUAAAGAAACAAUUGUGCUGGUCUGUUGAGAAUCUCUCCUGUUUAGGCCUAAAUGGAGGUGUCAUUAUUUAAUUACAGCAAUUCAGUUAAGUAUACAAAAGAAAUGAGUUCAUAAUCAAAGUUUGAGACUUGAGCUACAUAAAGUAUCUUUAAAAUACAAUACUUGUUCACAUAUAAUGUCUUUAUCUAUAGAGGUCUUAUUGAAACCAGACUCGUCUGUGCAGUUUUGUUGUUUGUGAAGUCAGCCGAAGUUGCCUUCAGGUUUCACCUGUCUCCAUGAAUCUGAGGAAAAUAAAAUUGGAGAAACACAUGAAUGCAGCCAUUUAACUGUUACUGCCAGAAACUCAACGUGGUUCAACACUGUGCCCUUUCUUUAACAAAACCCAAAGUUUAUUGUGUUAGCAAACUCAACACUUCCUCCGCCAUUUCUGAACAGCCAAUGAAAUAGACCAUCUCUCGCAUCGAGGAAUUGAAAAGCCUGUAUUCACCAGCUACCUGCAAAUAUCCAAUAAUUAUUUGUUUGAUGGGGUUUAAACACAGAACAUUUGAUUGAGGAUAAUAAAGGAUUCUGAAUCAC